UCUGAGAGAGGAGGGAUUUCUGCAGAUGGGGGUCCAUAUAAAGAGCCAGCGAGUGAGGGAGGGAGAAGUGUGUGUGUGUGUGUGUGUGUGUGAGCGGACACUGGCGAAGCUCCAAGGCUGUUUGAAAGAGCAGAGAGAAGCAGGCGAGAUGUUGGGCUGUGAGGGUGGCGGGCCGAGGGUCCGGUCCUGGGUUACUCUGAUCUCGGGGCUGCUGGAGUGUCUGGGGUUCGCAGGGGCCGUUUUCGGCUGGGCAACGCUGGUGUUUGUGCUGAAGACCGAAGGCUACUUCAGCAGUCUGUGUGUGAACGCCACCAUCAAUGGAACCGCUGUGGAAGAUUGCAGUAGACAGGAUGAGCAGUUCUCCCUCAUCUUCACCAUCGCAUCCUUCAUGAUCAACUUCCUCACGCUGCCAAACGGCUUCCUGUUUGACCACUUCGGGACCACUGUUGCCAGGCUGCUGGGAAUAUCGGUUUACACGGCAGGGAUGUUGUUAAUAGCCUUUUCCACUCCGGCGAGCUCCAUCCUGCUCUUCCCGGCUCUGUCCUUCAUCGCUGUGGGAGGAAUUCUGUUCCUGGUCACCAACAUGCAGGUGGGGAAUCUGUUCGGCGCUCACCGCUCCACCAUAAUCACUCUGUAUAAUGGAGCCUUCGACUCUUCCUCUGCGGUUUUCCUCGUCAUCAAGCUGCUGUUUGAGGAUGGCGUGUCUCUGCGAGUGUCUUUCCUCUUCCUGGCCUGCUGCAGCGUCAUUCAUCUGUUCCGCACGUUUGUGCUGAUGCCUUUUACUCACAUCCCGUAUCCGCUGCCAGAGAACUACAGCUACGGGGUGAACUGUGAAGUAACUCGGGAUGUUGCAAAGACUGAAAAUAACAUCCAGACUUCUGAGUCGGAGAAGGAAAUGCCAUUUAAAUUUAAAUUUCAAUUGAAAUUGAAAUUGAAAAUAUUUAAAGAGACUUCUGUCCCAGACCAAAACACAGUCACAACAGAGCGUAGUUUCAAGAGCUGUCUCCUGUCCUGGUUCUUCUUGUGGCAUCUGCUGUGGCUUUCUGUGAUGCAGCUGAGACACUUCCUGUUCAUCGGGACCUUAAACCCGAUGCUGAAUCAUCUGUCCGGUGGAGACCCAGGCCUCGUCAACAGAUAUACAAAUGCGUUUGCGUUCACCCAGCUGUGUGGGAUCCUGUGUGCACCCUGGAACGGCCUCAUCAUGGACCGCCACAAGAGAAAGCAGCGGGAACCAGGUCAAAGUGAGCGAGAAGCAGACCUGAAGGCGGCGAUAUUGUCUCUGUCGCUGACGGCGCUGCAGUGUGUGCUGUUCUCAGUGUGUGCCGCCACCCCCAUCCUUCCUCUGCAGUAUCUCACAUUCAUCCUCCAAGUGCUCAACAGAUCCUUCCUCUACGGAGGAAACGCGGCCUUCAUCAGUGUGGCGUUUCCAUCGGAACACUUUGGAAAGCUGUUUGGAAUGGUGAUGGCUCUGUCCGCUGUGAUCUCGCUGCUCCAGUAUCCCUGCUUCGCCCUCGUUAAAGGACCGCUGGCUGGAGACCCUCUUUACGUGAACGUCGGUCUGACCGUUCUGAGUCUCCUGGCCUUCAUCAACCCUCUGUAUGUUUUCCUGCACUGCCGGCGUCAGGCCGCCCAGAGAUCCUCAACAUAACGCUCCAGGCAAAGGGAACGUCAGCCUGACCUCUGACCUUUAAAACUGGUUUCUGUUACUUGUUAGUUUUUCUUUACAGAACUUAACAAAAAAGCAUAGUGGAAAGAAAUAUGUUACUAACCUCAGUGGCCUGUCCUGCAGAGGUCGACUCUUGACCGGGGUCAGUGUUAUCUGUGCUCAUCACAGUCAAGUCAAGUCAAGUCAAAUUUAUUUAUAUAGCGCUUUUUACAAUUGGUAAUUGUUUCACAGCAGGAAAUGAGCUCCUUUAUGAACUCCCUCAGGUAUAUUAUUGUUGGAUCUUGCGGUGCGAUCAUGCACGUUCACACUCAUGUGCGUAAGAAUAUUAUACACUGUAGGAAAACAAUCUGUGAAGGCUGACAUUCAAAAUAGGGGUAAAACACCUGUGAAAACCAGAAAUGUCUUUUAUAAUAACAUGCUAGCUAACAAAAACAUGUUCUACUAACAUUCCUAUUGAGUUAUAAAAACGUUAUUUAUGAACGUUCCUUGAACGUUCAAAACGUUCUAAAAACUUAUUUUCUUGCUUAUGUGAACGUUAAGUAAACAUUCUAUUAUAUCAUUCCUCACUCCUCAUUUCCUAUAACAUGUCAGGAAAAAGGUUUAAUCUAUGUUUUUGUGCCAACUUUUUGAGAAAAUUAUUAAAGACCAGAUAACAUUGAACGAAUGUUCUAUUAAAGUCGUCAUGAAAUCAGAAUUAUUACCACACAUUACUAGUCUAACCACUCCAAUCCCCUCUAACCGUCAGAAUUAAACCCCGCCCUCUAUUCAAUAUUCAGUUUCACUUGGAAAUACGUGUCAGUUGCAACUUCCAGUUCAUGGGGACUUUACUGGAAGAACGUUUGUUCAUAACUUUGAGAGAACCUUUCCAGAACGUUCUGAGAACGUUCCUUGUUAGCUGGGAUAGAACAAUGUGACCUAUUUUAUGUUGCGUGUUGUUUGUUUAAAAAAUACAUCAUAAAGCUAGUGAUAAUCAUAAAGGGAACACCAUGAAAAUGUUUAUAUGACAUGGAUAUUUUGGCUAAAUGGCAGAAAUGUCUGCAGAUGAAUGUGUGACGGGUACAUGUUUGCUGUGGGAGCCUCUGCUGGACACUGUGUGAAACACAUCCUCCUCUCACAGAGCUCUGUACAAAUAUAUCAGGAUUACUCCAAAUAAAGGGAAUUUUUGUAUAA